CGGUGAAGAAGUUCAUCUCGAGCGUUGAACGCUGACCAAUCGCAGCGUGUGGAUUCAGGCGAGGGCGGUGCAAAAAUGGGUGUGUUUCUUUUCUCCUCGUCUCCGAAAACGGGUGUUGAAAAAAAAAAUUAGCAGAGCGCCGCGGACGGUUCGUGCGGUCCCACAAUGCAUUGCGUCUCAGCGGGAAACCAAAAUGGCGAGGCUGAAGAGAGAAAAACACUCGGUGGUGUAUUUUAAAAAUCCGUAAGGAGCCGCGAGUUAGUAAGAGAAACCCGGCGGGAUCGACGGAGCUGACAAACCCUGUGGGUGUGACGGUUUUUCCUGUUAAUGCAUCAUUCUAAGCGCGGGAAUUGGCCGAAUGAGAGACUCAACGUUCGUACACAGUUCGAGCUCCCAUCGCCAGUCUCCGUCCCAUCACCAAGACGAGUCUCCCGUGUCCUUGUCCAAACUCUUGCUCAGAAAUGGGCAGGGCGGCACGGAGAAGCUCGCAAAUAAGUUUGAGGAGGGCCAGGAUGUUCUAGCUCGCUGGUCCGAUGGCCUGUUUUAUUUGGGGACAAUCACGAAGAUAAACAAACAAAAGCAUUGCUGUUUUGUGGUUUUUGAAGAUCAGUCGAAAUCUUGGGUUCUUUGGAAGGACAUUCAGACAGGGGACAGUGGAGAGGAAAUGCUCUGCACCAUAUGCCAGCAUGAAAGCUCAGAACCUCCCAAUGAAAUAGUCAUCUGUGACAAAUGUGGACAAGGAUACCACCAGCUGUGCCACGCGCCCGUCAUCGAUCCCAGCGUGAUUGCGUCGGACGAUAAAUGGCUCUGCCGAGACUGCGUAUUUGCCACAACAACAAAGAGAGGUGGUGCACUGAAGAAAGGGCCGAACGCCAAAGCGCUGCAGGAGAUGAAGCAGUCUCUGCCGUAUUCCCUGGAGGAGCUGGUGUGGGACCAGGGCCAUAAAACCAACAUCCAGCAGUGCUACUGCUACUGUGGAGGGCCUGGAGAGUGGUAUCUGAAAAUGCUGCAGUGUAACAGAUGUAAGCAGUGGUUUCAUGAAGCGUGCAUUCAGUGUUUACAGAAACCCAUGCUCAACGGAGACAGGUUUUAUCAGUUUAUUUGUUCAGUUUGCAGUAGUGGACCUGAGUACCUCAAACGACUGCCUCUGAGAUGGGUAGAUGUUGCACACUUAAGCCUCUACAAUCUGAGUGUCAUUCACAAAAAGAAAUACUUCGACUCCGAACUCGAGCUCAUGGCUUUUAUUAACGAGAACUGGGACCGGCUUCAGCUCGGCGAGCUCACGGACGUCCCCAGGUCGGAGCGAUACGAACGAAUUCUGGAAGCACUUAAUAGCAACCCGACCAUGUUUAUGUCCGGGAAGGAGAUCAAGAAGAAGAAACACCUGUUUGGGUUACGGAUCCGCUUCCCUCCGGGCCCUCAGAACGCCGAGUCUCUGUCGGACAGGGAACAGGAAAAAGCUUCACAUGAGAUUAAGAUUAAGGGCAGGAAGUCCAUGAAGCCUCCUCAUCCAAACAGCCCGAUCACCAACGGAGCGGUGAAGAAAGGGAAGAGGAAGCAUCGCUCACACUCGAUGGAGACGCUGGCCAAGCUGAGACGAUCAGAAGAGCUUCUGGCUCAGAAUCACACGAGGUUCCCGACUGCAGUGAACGACUCGCUGGAUGUGACCGCGUCUAAAAGCGUCAAAGCCGAAAAGUCUGCGCCGUCGUCGAGUACCUCGGACGCCGACUCCGUUAGUGCCACCACUAUGAGUGAAACUACCUCAACCAGUGUAUCCAGUCUUAGUAGCUCCAGCAGGACUCUUGUACUUCAGCCCCCAGUGAAGAGGGGUCGAGGACGUCCGAGACGAGCGCUGCAGCCCCCGAACCCCGAGAUUCCACCACCUCUGCAGCCCGAGCCCACGCCUUCUCCCACACCUGCACCCCUCUCGCGCUUCCCCCCGACCUCCAUUACCCAGGGCCUGGAGUCGAGCGCUCAGCUCAACCUCCUCAGGAACUCCAUCAGCAGCUACUUUGGGGCGGCCGGGCGCAUGGCGUGCGGCGAGAAGUACCGCGUCCUCGCGCGCCGCAUCACUGACGACGGCAAAGUACAGUACCUGGUGGAGUGGGAGGGUGUCACCGCCUCCUGAGCCUACACACACACACACACACACACACACACACACACACACACACACUUACACACUUACACGCACACACUUCAGAACUGUGCUGGUCGUAUGGUGAGGUAAGUGGAGUAAGAGUGCAGCAGGAGUGUGUCAUUAUCUCCAGAGUUUGCUAACUUACCCUUACACACUUAUACACACACACACACACACGUGUGUGUAUCGAAUGUGCCAUUCAGUUUCACACUCUUCAGCUUUUUUUUUACUAACGUUCGUGUCAUUCCGUGAGAGUGAUUAAACUGUGCCUCUUACAUUACGUUUUAAUAAACAAAUAAAUAAAACAAACAAAAAAACAACACCUGCCUUGUAGGUUCCAGAUACCACACGGUGCCGCACAUCAGACGCGUCCUUUACUUCCUCUCGCACCUCCAAACCACCUCAAACCGCAAACACGCACGUUCUCAGAUUACUUUCAGACCAGUUGUUCUUUCUAAGUUCGUCAACUCCGCGAACUCCACAUCUUCUUUCCACGUCUUUAUGUUUCUUGGUGUUUUAAACUGAGCAGGAGAUCCUACACGACACGCGGUUCUUCCAAGCUGUAGACAGGAACUUGACGGCGAAUAAAACGCUUUCGACUCGAGGCUGACGGCUGAAGUUAAUGGACUCUUUCUUGUUAUUUUGGUGGAAGUGUGAAAGGAGAAAAAACUCCUGAUGUGCAGGCGCACAAAAAUAAACACAUAAAUAAAUAAAAUAAAUAAAUAAAUAAAAAUCCGAUGCUGUUUGCUGCUGCAGAUUUAAAGUAUUGUAUUUUUUUUUUUUCUCUUCUAUACAAGAGAACAGCUUUCAGUUCAAUAGGGCACAUUUCUCACUUUCUUUCUGUUUAAAUUGUACAUUUUAGUUCGUCGUCCUUUUUUUUUUUUUAUACACGUGACGUUCACACAGAAAUUCUUCUUCCCCAGACUGAUUCUUUUGUUUUAAGCUAUCGAUGGCAUUAAUCCUGGGGUGGGCUUUUUAGAUUCAGGGGUGUGGUUACUGAGAUCCGUGGAUUUAUUUUAUUAUUUUUUUCCCCUCUUUCUCUCUCCCUAUCAUUUAUUUCUGGAAUUUAUUUUUCACCUUGAGACCUCAGACACAGCUUCCUUCACGUGACACAGGGACGUCGCCGUCAGAGGAGAGAACUUUCCUGGACUUGCUGUUGGACGUUAUGAUGUUGAUGUACAGUAUGCACAGUAUUAGAAGCUCAAGGAUCUUUAUUUUCGUAGCGCAUUCGGUUUCCUGUGCCGUUUUUUUCUUUUCGUCCUAUGCAACACGAUAUUCAAAUGAGCUCUGUGACUGUUUAAGUUUUUGUUUGUUUUGUUUUUUUUUUUGUUCAUCUGCUUCAGGAAAAUAAAACAGCAAUAUUUUUCUUACGAUCUCUCUCAGGCUUUUUUUGUUUGUUUGUUUGUUUGUUUGUUUUUAAAGGUCUCAGUGCAAUUUAUUGCUUCUGAAGGGGAAAAAAUAUCUUGUGUUGUCUGAGAUUUUGCUUGUACUUCAUCUCUAGUUCAGGAGAUCGAUGCAGCAGCGCUUUAGUACCUUUCAGCUCUCUCGCCUCACUGCUCAAACAGAUCGGCUUCCCUGACGUCCUAACGAAUCGGACUGUUCUGGACUUUGCUCUUAAUAAAAGAUGGGUGAGAAAAGAAGUCCUGACCGUCAUCUCUAUGUUCAACGAUUUUCUGACUUCAUUGCUAGCAUCUUCAUCAUCAUCAUCAUCAGUGCAUCACACAACCUCUGGCUUCUUACAGAAUGAAAACACCACACCAACAACAGCAGAAUCAUUCAACCCAUCACAGAUAUCAGGAUCUAAACGCUUUCCGUGUGUUCCACAGUGGAGCGUUUGUGUAAUAAACGUGCUGUAGCUCAGGGUUGGAGCACCGUGUUAGCAGCGUUUUGUUUCUCGUGUAGCAUUAAGUGCUGAAUUUCUGAGACUUUCUUUUUUUUUUCAGUUCAGAUUGUUUUGUUCGUUUGUUUUUAUACUGAAUUCCCUGAUUUAUUUUUAAUAAAGUGUUCAUGACCCACUCAUCUCUGAGCGCCGACUUGAUCGGCAUUGUUUUUGCUUUUGUUGUUUUUUUUCCCUCGAUCUCAACACUGAUACCUCUUUUAUUCCAGUAAAUGAUCUGUAUGAACUGUUUCUUACUUGCUGUACCAGAACUACAUCCAUACAGCUUUGCUUUGGUUUUUGAUUUUGUUUGUUUGUUUGUUUUUUACUGGCUUUGAGCAGGCUUCUGUAGCCAAAGAAUAAAUUCAUCAAAUUAAAA